CAUUGCUGAUGGCGCUGCCAGAAAGUGCAAGAUGGCUCAACAUCGGCGACAGGAGCGCGGCAAUCGUGAGGUGCCGGAGGGAUGGGUCUCCCGAGUGCCGCCGGUGCCGGAGCUGCCGCGCUCGGAAGCUGUGCUGGUGGCCAAGCCAAGGCUUGGUGAUGAAGUGGAAGCCUUAUUUGCAGAGGCAGCGGCAUUGGUGGCUUCGCGGCCCCGGCGCAAUACGCGAUUGCAGAUCUUGGAGGAGGAGAUGCAUCGCCACGGUGCUGCAAAGAAGAUUGGAACGGCUUGGCGGCAGCAGGCGCAGCAUCGGCAGCAGAAGGCAGCACAACUGCUGCAGAACCACUUCCGCGGAUGGCGUGCGCGCAGGGUUGUUCAGAGGGAGAGGGAGAAGCAGCGCGCUUCUCGACUGCAGAGGUGGUGGCGAAAGAAGAGGUUCUAUCUUGCUUGGCUACAGACGCACCAGCAGCGCAAGGCUGCGGUGAAGCUACAAGCCUUUCACCGGGGGAACAAAGCACGGCAAGAGGUCUACAACAUGUUGGUCCUGCAUUCUUGGGCUGUUCUGCGAAUGCAAGCGGUCUUCCGGGGCCAACGCGCAAGACGCAAGGCGCAGAAACAGCAGCAAUGCGCUCGAAAAAUCCAAGCGCAUUGGCGUUGGCAUCGCCUCUGGCAGGCGUACCUGCGGGAUCGGCAGCGGCGAACGGCCGCUGUCACCAAGCUCCAAGCGCUGAUCCGUGGCUUCAUGGCUAGGUGCAGAUUUCUCAGGAUGGCGGCCACCAAGGAAUUCUUGAAUCAGGGAUCAAAUGCAGAAUCUGUGGCCGAACAGCAAGUUCCGAUCCAACAGCAUGCCGACCCAUUUGCUGCCUAUCCAAACAUGUUUGGCGACCAAAUAUCACAGCAAAUUUAUCCUCAGGCCAAUAUGGCGCAACCAGGACUGCAACCAGCAGACCACCAACUUGCUGGGCAGCCUGCACACCAACCCAUGGCCCAGCAGUUUGCAGCACGACCAGGAGCGCCAGUGCAACAACAACUUGGUGGACAGCCUGCGCAGCAACCUAUGGCCCAGCAGUUUGCAGCACAACCAGAAGCACCAGUGCAGCAACAAUUUGGUGGACAGGUUGCACAGCAACCCAUGGCCCAGCAGUUUGCAGGACAAAAAGCGCUUCAACCUGCGCUGCAACCAGCAGACCACCAACUUGCUGGGCAGUCGGCACAGCAACCCAUGGCCCAGCAGUUUGCAGCACAACCAGGAGCACCAGUGCAGCAACAACUUGGUGGACAGGUUGCACAGCAACCCAUGGCCCAGCAGUUUACCGUGCAACCAGCACUGCAACCAGCAGACCAUCAACUAGCUGGGCAGUCUGCACACCAACCCAUGGCCCAGCAGUUUGCAGCACAACCAGGACAGCCUGCGCAGCAACCAAUGGUCCAGCAGUUUGCAGCACAACCAGGAGCACCAGUGCAGCAACAACUUGGCGGACAGCCUGCGCAGCCACCCAUGGCCCAGCAGUUUACCGCGCAACCAGCACUGCAACCAGAAGACCACCAACUUGCUGGGCAGUCGGCACAGCAACCCAUGGCCCAGCAGUUUGCAGCACAACCAGGAGCACCAGUGCAGCAACAACUUGGUGGACAGGUUGCGCAGCAACCCAUGGCCCAGAAGUUUGCAGCACAAACAGCGCUUCAACCUGCGCUGCAACCAGCAGACCACCAACUUGCUGGGCAGUCGGCACAGCAACCCAUGGCCCAGCAGUUUACAGCACAACCAGGAGCACCAGUGCAGCAACAACUUGGUGGACAGGUUGCACAGCAACCCAUGGCCCAGCAGUUUACCGCGCAACCAGCACUGCAACCAGCAGACCACCAACUUGCUGGGCAGUCUGCACACCAACCCAUGGCCCAGCAGUUUGCUGCACAACCAGGAGCGCCAGUGCAACAACAACUUGGUGGACAGCCUGCGCAGCAACCAAUGGUCCAGCAGUUUGCAGCACAACCAGGAGCACCAGUACAGCAACAACUUGGUGGACAGGUUGCACAGCAACCAAUGGUCCAGCAGUUUGCAGCACAACCAGGAGCACCAGUGCAGCAACAACUUGGUGGACAGGUUGCACAGCAACCAAUGGUCCAGCAGUUUGCAGCACAACCAGGAGCACCAGUGCAGCAACAACUUGGUGGACAGGUUGCACAGCAAGCAAUGGCCCAGCAGUUUGCAGCACAACCAGGAGCACCGGUGCAGCGGCUUGACGGAGAGCCAACACAGCCAAUUGUGCAGCAGUUGGCUGUUCAACAGGGCACACAUGCUGCUGCUGAACAGCUUUCUGAUCCUUCUGUGCAGCCAACAGCCCAGCCUGACACCAUUCAACAGCAGGUUCAAGCUGCUUCCGUUGUCGGGUUGCAAACCAGAGAGCCUCCCGUUCAGGCAUUGCCUGCAACGGAGCAGCAUCUCAUCCGGGGGGGCCGCAAGUGCCAGCAGAGACGGUGCAGGGCUUUCGUUUCACUACCGAGUGCAAAGGCCAGUCUGAAUCUAGGCUGA